AUGGUGAAUGAUGAUGAGUGGAUGACCAUCAAUGCCACUCUCAUCCGCUGGUUCUACGCCACCAUCUCGAAGGACCUCUUCCACACGGUGGUCUCUGACGAGGAUGAUGCUCACGCCGUCUGGACUAAGCUCAAUGGUCUCUUCACCGACAACAAGCUUCAGAACAAGGUUUUCUUACACGGCGAGUACUUUGGGUGUCAGCAGCAUGACUCGUCCAUUGACGACUAUUGCAUGCGACUCAAGAAGCUCUCCGAUGAGCUUCGUGACCUCGGUGAGACGGUCCCCGAUGAGCUUCUUCUCAGUACUCUCACCGCCGGCUUGAACAAGGAUUUCGGGAACGCCGCCUCCAACCUCACCCUCAUCCCCAACCCGACCUUGCCCAAGGUUGUGGCGUACCUGAAACUGGAGGAACGACGGAUGAAGAUGACACGCACUCGGGCUACCCAUACUGCCCUCAUCGCCGGGACUGCAUGCGGCGGUGCCCCGCCCACCUCGGCCCCUCAGCCGCGGCCCGACCCGGGCGCCUACCAGUCGCCGCCACCACCGGGCUUCCCUCUCCCACAGCCGCCGGUCCAGCAGCCGUCCCCCACUGAUCGCCGCUAA